ACCAAAAAGAAAAAAAAAAAAAAUUUAAGAAGAGCUCGUCCUCCCCUUCUCCCUUCGAACAUUUUUGAUUUCAGAAAAAUAAAGAUGGAAACUUUCCUCUGCCCAAGUUCUGAUCUUCUAAAAUCCUCAAGACCCUCUUCACUCUCCCUCUUUUCACAUCGAUUCUCAUGUUCGAGUCGUGGGGUAAGCAAGAAAUGGAGUGUUUCUUUGCCACGUUCUUCGCACCAGCAACGUCAAGAAGCAAAACCCAAGCGGCAAUCCGUCAGUCAUGAUUUGCUGAAAUCAAUAACAAAGGGUUUCGUCGGUUUAGCUGCCGCAGCCACCGCGCUGGCGUCGGUUCACUCUGAUUCUCCGGCUUUUGCAGAGUCCAUAACCGUCGCCUUCCCUGUUUCCCGCGCUCAAGAGGUGAAUACAGUGCAAAGAACACUUGUGGAGGCUUGGGGUUUGAUUCGGGAAACUUUUAUAGACCCAACUUUUAAUCAUCAAGAUUGGGAUUUGAAGUUGCAGCAAACAAUGGUGGAGAUGUUUCCCUUGAGGUCAGCUGAUGCAGCAUAUAGCAAAGUAAAAGGGAUGCUUUCAACUCUUGGAGAUCCUUUCACUCGGAUCAUCAGUCCAAAGGAAUACCAAAGUUUUAGAAUUGGAAGUGAUGGAAAUUUGCAAGGAGUUGGCAUCUUCAUAAGUGUUGAACCAAGAACAGGCCAUUUGGUAGUUUUGACUUGUCUAGAGGGUAGCCCAGCUGCUCGUGCUGGUAUACAUGAAGGAGAUGAGUUGAUUGAAAUUAAUGGGCAGAGACUUGAUGGUGUUGAUAGUGAAGCAGCAGCUCAAAGGCUUAGAGGCCAAGCCGGAACAUCUGUUACAGUAAAACUCCAAAGUGGAAAGAGUUUGGGAAGUGCUUCUAGUAUCAAAGAGGUUAAACUGCCUCGUGAGUACAUUAGGCUUUCACCAAUAUCCAGUGCUGUCAUCCCUCAUAGAACCCCGGAUGGCCGUCAAAUAAAGACUGGUUAUGUGAAGCUAUCAACAUUUUCACAGACUGCUGCUGCUGAUAUGGAAAAUACAAUCCAUGAAAUGGAGAACCAAGGCGUGCAUUCGUACAUACUAGAUUUGAGAAAUAACCCAGGAGGUUUAGUAAAAGCAGGACUUGAUGUUGCGCAGAUAUGGCUUGAUGGGAAUGAGACUCUUGUGAACACAAUUGAUCGUGAUGGAAAAAUGUCACCAAUCAACAUGGUCAAUGGCCAUGCUAUAACACACAAUCCCCUUGUUGUUCUUGUCAAUGAAGGAAGUGCAAGUGCAAGUGAGAUCUUGGCAGGUGCAUUGCAUGACAAUGGUCGAGCUAUCCUUGUAGGCCACAAAACUUUUGGUAAAGGGAAAAUACAGAGCGUCACAGAGCUACAUGAUGGGUCUGCCCUGUUUGUCACAGUUGCAAAGUAUCUGUCACCUGCGCUUCAUGACAUAGAUCAGGUUGGAAUAGCACCUGAUGUACAGUGCACAGCAGACAUGCUCAAUUCAACCAAGGAACCAUCAUUUAAGAAUAAGGGCUCAGUUUCAUCCCUGGAAGCAGACUCCUGCAUCAUGGUAGCAGAACAUGAGUUGGACAUCCAAGAGUCCAAAGGCACUGCUUCCUGAGAUACAAGAUCCGGGAGGAAUCAAACCUGUGGACAGUAGAAACAUUUAUAGAAAAAGAAAAGCAAUAUCAAAUUAACACUAGCGCACAACACACUGGUUGUUCAUUGAUUGUACAUUUUAGAUCAAAAGUCUUUGACUAAGCUAUUCAAUUUUCUUUUGCUCGUUCUGUGCUCCGUAAUUGGGUGCCCAGUAAUUUCUGAGCC